CUAGUUCAUGUUCACUUCGAGAAAGACCUAUGGGUUCAUAAAACACAACAAACUUCCCAUCUUCUUCUUUAUCGUCUACAUCUGUCCGACCUCCACCUUCCUCUUGGUUCGAUGUUUUGUGGCGACCGGACUUUCACUCGACGUGUUAGCAUUUAGUUUCUAGCUAAUCUGUUGCCUUUGCCUGCGGAUGGGAAAGUCGGCUCACAACAUAACCUUGCACUUGUUCAUCAGCUUUACAGCAAUGGCCUCUAAGCCAGUCUUGGAAAGCCUUCCAGGGAUCCAAAAAUGGCCAGAGGAAUUCAAGGAUGUAACUGUCUUUUGUGGCAGCGAAACCUUCAAGCUGCACAAAGCUAUUUUUUGCUCCAAUUCGCAAUACUUUACCAAGGCCCUCUGCGGUGGGUUUGAGGAUGCAGAGAACAGCGAGAUAGAACUGGCUUCGGAGGAUUCAGAGACCUUCGAGCGCCUGGUUCAGUUCUGCUACUCUGGUACAUAUCUUGAUUGUGCAACGAAGUUCGAGCAAGAAAGUCAGAACCAUGGCUUUGGGGCACACUAUCUAUCACCCGCAGAACUAUUUGCCAAGUAUCAAUCAUUGCCAGGACUUUUGGGGGCCGCAGGACCAUCCUUACCAAAGGCGAAAACCGAGGUUGGCGCCAAAUCUCUCCGCGAGCAAGACGAAAUAACAUUCCCCGCAUCGCCAGGAGCCAUGGCCGCAAUUGAACGCUCUAUUCUAAUCGCGGGCAGGGUUUAUAUAAUGGCUGAAAUGCUCCUGAUGCCAGCGGCAAAAGUCCUAGCUCUGGAAAGGUUCCGCGCCGGGGUCGAUGAUAUUAUUAACGCGGACCUCCCAGGCUUUGCUCCAACAUCCGAGUUGAUUGAGCUUAUCGACAACUUGUACACAAAUCUACUGGAUACUGACGUUGCGGUAAAAGAGCCCAUCUGUCUUCUGAUCGCAUUGAAGCGGUUGGAGCCCAAGUUUUGGGACUCAGUGAGCCCGAUGAUGAGAAAUAAUGGUGCUCUUGCUGUCGGUGUCACAAAUUAUAUCAACCUCCUCAUUCCUUCUAAUAUUAUCGUCGUCAGGACCCCAUCCAAAAGUUCCAGUCAGACUCAGACGUCUGAACGGUCUAUUCUGCAGAAGCCGACGGCACAGAUGCGCCAAAUGUGGAUGGAGAAAGAGCGCAAGCAAUGUGGUUAGCUUGUUUGACUGAGUGAAGGAAUAAAAUGGCCUAGAGCAAAUGCACUACAGCAGCUGGAAGAAUAGGAAAUUGAAAUUGUCGCUGUAGCAAAUGAUCAAGUGUGAUUCAUAAGCAGAAUAUUGUGUGCUUUAUAGGAGUCAGCGAAAUAUUAAAAUGGACGAAACGUAGCAAUAGCAGCAACUAAAUACUUGACUAGCAUGUGUGAGACUUUAGCUUAUAGCUUAACCUACUCACUUACUU